GUGACGUUUCCAAAAUGCCCUACUCGGCAAAAGCAUAUUACGAGAAAUGAAAUAUUUAAGAAAUAUUGAACAUGCUAACAAAUUUAUUUCAUUUGUCCUAUCAUUUUUUGUGUACGAAAGGAAGAAGGUCUGAUAAGAAGUGUCCUCACAUUUUUUUAGUAGGGAGAAGGAAGUCGCGCGUGUAUAUGAACGCUUGCGUCUGUAUUGUGUUAAAGAAAUUGUAUGUACAUGCAAAACGGCUAACCUGUUAAUUAUCGUUUCUAGCAGUGAAUUCCAUUAAUUACUCGCAGAUGAGCGCUUCAUGUUAAUUCUCCAAACUGAUGCAUACGCUUCUGCAAGUCAAUUAACCCCUCGUGUUGUCCUAUAUAAGCACGUCAAUUCCUCUAAAACUUCACCAAAUCAACUGAGCUCAGAGUCACAUAUGCAACAGAUGAGCAUGUCUACUUUCGUCUGCGCCGCCGCCAUCCUGCUGCUUGCACUGGUCUCACCAUCGCCGGCAUCAGCCAGCAUCCCCAGCACUAACAACAAUGGCGUCGCCGUAGCGGCCCCUAGCGUGCCCACGGCGACGCAGUUCCUGCAGGCGCACAACGACGCGCGCCGCCAUGUCGGCGUGGCACCCCUGACGUGGAACUCGACGCUGGAGCAGGACGCCCAGCGGUACGCGGACCGGCUCAGCAUCGACUGCAAGCUGGAGCCACUAGACAUCGAGCUGAUCUACCUGCAGAACACCUACAACGGCAGCGGUUACCAAGAUGGCGCCGCCGUCACCGCCUCGUGGGUGAACGGGCGGCGGUGGUACGACUACCGCGCUAACGCAUGCGCGCCCGGUCACGAAUGCGGGGCCUACAAGCUGGUGGUGUGCAGCAGCGCGCAAGAGCUCGGCUGCGCCCGCCGCACCUGCCGGAGCAGCCCGGACACCGUGGCUGUCUGCAGCUACUUCCCUGACUGCGACUACAACGACCGGCCAUACUAAGUAUAUACGGAAGCUAAAUCAGGAAAGAUGUGUUCUGUUCAAAUAAUAUAUGAUGCGAAAUAAGGCGUUUGGUCCGGCGGUUUUUUUGGUCAAGUAAUGGGCAAUACUGAAGCUGUCCGUUACUUUUGUUUUGUUCAGUUCGCCCGUAAACCACUUUAUUUAUCUGUAAUCCCGCUACUGCAUUGUUAUUCGUAGCUGAAUCUGAUGGUGAUAUCGCCUGAACCAAAUAGCAGUGGUGUGUGACUAGUUUUCGACUUCCCUCACACACGAUUAUUUUCCCACCACUCUAAACGCCUUUCUCCCCGCAAUCUUGAUCUGCUCGACCCUACUCUCCAUCCAUGAUAUCCUGA